AUGGCUACCAGGCGCUUAUUCUUGGUCUUUUUGACCGUGAAGUUGCUUCAUUUGCUUAUAUUUUACCUUCUGCCCGGUCAAUUCGAUAUUCUGUCCAAUGUGCUUCUACAAAAAUACGCCCCAGAGAAACACCUUAUAGUGAACGGUAUACUGACAUCGAUCAAACCCAUCGACACUUUACUCCAAAACUUCAUUCGUUCAUUUCUAGAUAAUGUUGUCGAUAAGUUUGUUACUUGGGAUGCCGUGUACUUUGCGGACCUAUUCGCCAAUGGCUUGACUUACGAGCAUCAGUAUGUCUUCUGCCCUCUUUGGUGGAGACUCGUUAGAGUGAUUCCAAUCAACUCCGACGUGAUUUUUUACCAGCGCUUGAUAUUUGCAACAGCGCUUUCAAACAUUUGUCAUUUUGCGGCCGCUGUGGUGCUCUAUCACUACACAUUCAUUCUUUUCAACCAGGCCAGACUCUUUUCUCCACUGAAGAUGGCAGAAUUGACGGCAUUCUUCUUCAUCCUUCUGCCUGGUGCGGCAUUCUUGACUGCUCCAUAUUCCGAGAGUAUCGCUGCUUUGUUCAGUUUCACUUGCUUGGGCUUACGAGAGAAAAGUCUUGAAUUCGUCGUGGGUGCAAAAUCUAAGUCGGAUACUAGAAAGGUGCUUUACGUGCUUAGCGGACUUGCUGCGGCACUAGCGUUUGGGUUCAGAGCAAACUGUCUUCUUUUAGGUCUCAUCUACAUCUACGAUUUGGUCAAGUUCAAUACCUCUGCGCCAUGGCUUCCGUUAGUCGCUGGUCUGAUCCUAGGUUUUGCUUUCCUUCUUUCGAAUGCUUACAACUACGUCGAAAUCUGCCUACCAGGCACCCGUGGUGAGUGGUGCUCUAAGACAGUACCUUCGCUUUUUGCCUAUGCCCAGAGCCAUUACUGGAACAACGGCUUAUUCAAGUACUGGACUCCAAACAAUAUUCCCAACUUUUUAUUUGGGGCUCCUUCAAUUGGCCUUUUGGCUUUCAGCAUCAAGUACUUCACCCACAUCUAUCCUGUGAACAGGAUCUUGCCGGUUUCCUUAGUGGGUGGUGUCUUUCUUGCAGCACUCAUACUAUUCUGGCAUGUUCAGAUCGUCACAAGAAUCCACACCUUCCUUCCAUUGGUGUACUGGCUUGUAGCAGGAUUAUGGGUCCACAACGACUUCCCAAUAGCUAAAAAGCUUUAUGUUUACUUGAUUGGAGCAGUUGGUCUAGCUCUCUACUUCAAGUCCCAGAAGGGAUACAAGCACCUGAAGGGGUCCAGUCCCAAGAAGACCAUCAAAAAAAGUCCUAAUGAGAACCGUAAGAACGGUACAUGGGUACCUGAAGAUUACAAAACUCCCGUCCCUCCACCAUACCCAAAUUGGGAUUACGAAAAGACUAAACCCUUGCCAUACAGAGCCUUCAGAAACAAGUACAACAUCACCAUGGGGAUCCGUAAUAUGGAAUGGGAUUCAUGGAUUGAGCUUGACAAUGAGUGGCCCAAGUUCCAUGACGCCAAGGUACAGAGGCUUGAAGAAAGAGGAACCGAGCUUUAUGACACUAAGCCUGAAGCUCAGGCCGCUGUAUUCGAACUCCUAGAUGAAUUUUGGGGCUACUUGCCAGUGAGAUAUCCCUCUCUCUUUCAGCAAACUCCAAGAGGUCUUAAGAAUUUGAAGACAGGUGAGGAGUUCGUGUUCAGAGGUUGUAAGCCCAGCGAUAUGGCGGAGGACCCGAUGGUAAUGGCAGCAAAAAUGGUCCAGGAUGACUUGGCGAUUAUGAUGGAAGGUCCCACAGGUGAAUACUUUUUGAAAGCGGGUGCUAUCAUCCUCCCUGGGUUCUGGAGAUUCAGAGACAAAUUCGGUCUUUCGUUGAACCAAAUCCAUACCACCGGUGAUGUGCCACAGUACAGGCAGAAGUUGCAGACGGGAAUGUCCAAAUUCUUUACUCGUCUCACUUGCGAUAAACCAGUCGUGAGGAACAACUACUUCAUUCAGCUCGAUGAUGUCUUAGGCUGGUCCAAGUCAAUCGGUAAUGAAAAUUCAGACACUGUGGGAUGGUACACCGCAGACAAGGCUACGACACCGGAGCAAUUAUUCUACAGGUCAGAAAGACAGAGUUUGAGAAGACUUCCUAAAACCGGAGCUGUGGUUUUCACCAUCAGAACAUACUUUGCUCCCAUUACUGAAAUCUGCAAAGAGCCAUAUAUUCCACGGAGACUUCUAGAGGGAAUCGAAAGCUGGAGUGAUGAUGUGAGGGAAUAUAGGGGAUACGAAAAGUUCAAAGAUGUCAUUUUGCCUUAUUUGGAAGAAGAGGCGGAAGAACAGGAGAGACGUGGUUAUGUUCCAGGAACUGAGCCCGCAGUGUACCCAUUUUAA